GAGCUCAGUGAGGGAGGGAGGAUGCAGCUGCUGCUCAUGCAUGCGGAGGGCACUACUGGUCUGCGUCGUAAUAAUGGAGCUAAAGGUCAAAACACGCCGUCGAAUUCUCUCCCAGUUCUCUCUCUCCGGUUCCCUAGCCACCGAGAUGGGUAUUCACCGUGCCAUGACCCUCUGAAUACACUCCGAAGAGGUCCGCGAUCAGUGAUUGGGUCAGUGAUUGGCGAGCGAUAUACUAAAAAGUAGUACUGCUCGUAGAGAGAGAGGCGAGCGGGCGUGCGGGAUUGUGCGCAGGCUGCGGAGUUUUGAAUUUUUCCAGCUUUUAAGCCAAACUGCGACUCAUCGUUCUCAGAUUCAGUCUCAGCGUCAGUUCUCAGAUUCAGUCUCAGAUUGAGCCUCAGCGUCAGUUAUGGCACUACGAACGGCGAUAGUUUUCUCCGUACUGGUUGUAGCUGCACAUGCAAGACAAUGGCCGAGGCUGGAUGUAAAUUCGACAGUGGAUGAGGCAAGUAGAGGGCUCUUGUACACCAAGAGCUUCGACCCGAUGGAUGGUUGUGGGAUGGGCAAUCCCAUCGAUGAUUGCUGGAUGUGUGACAGGAACUGGGAAGCUCAUCGCGAGACACUGGCAGAUUGCGCAAUUGGCUAUGGGAAAAACACCAUCGGAGGUCGGAACGGUGCUAUCUACGUGGUGACAGACUCGAGCGACGAUAGCCCAACUGAUCCUCGUCCGGGAACUCUUCGCUACGCUGUAAUCCAGAAUGAGGCUUUGUGGAUCAUUUUUGAGAAGGACAUGCAGAUAGAAUUGAAGAAUGAGUUGAUCAUGACAAGUUUCAAGACCAUCGAUGGUAGAGGUGCAAAUGUACACAUUACGCAGGGUUGCAUCACUAUCCAGAAGGUCGAGCAUGUGAUUAUUCAUGGAAUUCAUAUACAUGAUUGCAAGCCGACCGGACCUGCAGAGGUGCGAAGCUCUCGAUGGCAUGUCGGCAAGCGAGGCAAGACUGACGGUGAUGGCAUCGGCGUGAACGCUGCAACCAACAUUUGGAUCGACCACAAUUCCCUGUCCAGCUGCACCGACGGACUUCUCGAUGUAAUUCACGGUUCUGACCAGGUUUCCAUCACCAACAAUUACUUCAGCAACCACGACAAGGUCAUGCUCUUGGGAGCUCACGACAACGACUGGGAAGACAAGUCCAUGCAAGUCACCGUCGCCUUCAACUAUUUUGGGCCCGGUUUGAUUCAGCGCAUGCCGAGAUGCCGAUUGGGUACUUUCCACGUCUUCAACAAUUACUACAAGAGCUGGGACAUGUAUGCCAUCGGUGGCAGUGCGGCACCAACAAUUAGCAGCGAGAGCAAUCACUUUGAAGCAGGAGACAAGAAAUGUGUGACGAAGCACAUUGAUAACGACGGUGGCAACUGGAGGUCCGUGGGUGAUCUGUUCAUCAAUGGUGCAUGGUUCGAGCCCGCAGGAGCCAGCGCUUACUCGUCUCUGUACGCCAAGACGAAGAGUUUCAAUGCACUUCCUGCUUCUCAAGUGCCACGUUUGACUUCGAACGCUGGACCCACCAGUUGAAAGAUCGCUCGGUUACUACAGAGCUCAAUUUCAAUCGCUCGUACCAUCAAAGAGACAGUGUUUCUUUUUAGUGUUCUUUAGCGCCUCGCCCCUCUCGAGGCAAAUCGAAGUUUUCUCUCGUGUUUAUAGACUGUAAAUAUCGUUUUGAUGGUUUUCACACAUCCGAGCUGAUUCUGCAAAAGACGGCCGAUGAUAGCCAGCCAUCGCUAGUCGUGAACCCUACUUCUCUAGUUCUCUCUAGAUUCACCUUAAGUUUCUUGGCAACCUGGCAGUCAAGUCCACGUUAUAGCUUAUUGUGGACCUGCUCACGAGUUGAUUGUGGGAUCUUCCAUGUUCCACAAGUCUGCAACCUGGCGUCCUGCAAACCUCUUCGAGAGGUGGGACGCACAAGAGUUGGAUCUAUGUACAAGAGUGAAUAGCACCCAACUGUGACAGAGUGGGUUCUUCCGUAAGCUGUAGAUGUCGCACACCUGAGCUGUGCUCUUGGAAAUACGGCCGAGUGCGGCUUGCUUUCGCCCCCAGAAUGUCACCAUACUCAGUCGAGACCACCAUGGAGCAUUCGAUUCCUACCAAAGUGGAAUCUUAGAUGUCCAAUCUGCAACCUGGCACACCAUCGUCCUGUUAGCGAAUUCAACCUUCCUUCUCUUUUUUUUGAGUUAGCUGCGGGAGUAGAUGAUGGCACAAGAGUUGUCGGAGUAGACUUGAGUGAUGUAAGUCAAUCACAGACACUUCUUGCACCCUUUCUCAACACUGUGCCACAACUGGCACAGUGUUCACUUUGUCAACCGUUCUUGGAUCGUUUACUUGUCCUUCAUUCCCUGUGCAUCCACGUUCUCUUGGCGUACCCACAGAUGUGAAUCAAGAUCUGACCUUUCUCUAAUAAAUUGUAAUAAGUGUUGACCUUGAAAUCGUAACUCCCU